AUGGGUCCCCUCGCUGAGCCGCCCAGCGUCGACUUUCAGGCCCAGCUCCAGGAGUUCCGCGAGAGCGACCGCCGCCGCGACGAUCUCGUCUCCAGGCUGUACCGCAACUAUCAGGAACUCAGCGCCGCCUACCAGCAAAAAUGCGUCGACUAUGAACAGGAGCGCAGGUCGCUCAAUAUGUGGCAGCGCGAACGCGACCGACUGGCCAGCGAGUUGGACGAGCUUAAGCUGGCAAAUGAAUCUAAUCCAUUGGUCUUUGUUAUUAUCGAUGGUGAUGGUGCCAUUUUCCGAGACGAUCUACUCUCGAGGGGCACUGACGGAGGCACUGAUGCCGCCUUUGAACUUCUCACGCAAAUCAGGGAGCACGUUAAAUCCAUCUAUCCCGGAGUCAAGGUCGAGGAUUGGAACAUCAUGGUUCAGAUUGUCAUUAGUCUUGAGGGUCAGGCCAGGACGCUUCAUGCUGCCGGCAUCGUCCAAGACGGGUAUAGAGACUUGAAUGCCUUCGCGCACGCCUUCGGCCAGGCCCAGUCGCUUUUCUCCUUUGUUGAUGUUGGCCUUGGAAAGGAGCGUGCCGACCACAAAAUCCGGGAGACCAUGCGUGUUAUGGUUCGGCUGCCGCAGUGCAAGCUUGUCCUGUUUGGCCCCUGUGCCGACAACGGAUAUUUGCCUUUCUUGGAGCCCUACAAGCGAGAGUUCGGUCAUAAGCUUUCGUUGCUCGAAACCACCCCGCCUUUGCCGGGCUUCAUUCAGCUGGGCUUGCGCCGCGCCAAGUUCCCGAGCGUCUUCCGUUCCGAGUCGAUUGUGCGGCCCUCGUUUGGGGGGUCCAUGGGCAACUCCGUGCCGCUGAUGCGCAAUGGCUCCAUACCACAGAACGCCGCCAACUCGACCCAUAUGCCGCCGCCGCCGUAUCAGCAGCAGCAGCAGAGUCAGCUCUCGAUGGCGUCACCCAAACCGAAGAUGGCUGAGACGAAUGGCGGCGCUGCUCUGAAUGGGCAUCAACCGCCACCCAAGACGGCAUCGGCGCCGCCGCAGCCUGCGCCGGCCGCGGCACCAGCUAACUCGAGCUACGCGACGGCCAGCACCAAGCCCCCCGCUGCAAUAGUGUCCAGGUCGUUCGACAUUACGCCAAAGAAGCCGGCGCCGGCACCCAAGCACUAUUACGUCAACGCGUCGUCGGAGCGUGUUGACGAGGAUCUGCCGCGCGUGGCCCCCAUCGCUGAGAAGCGUUACAUGGAAAAGAAGAAGGAAAACGGGCGGAACUUUUGUAAUAAUUACCACCUGUUGGGCUACUGCGAGGACGAAGACUACUGCAAAUACGAGCACGGCGACCGUCUGUCCCCGCAGGAGCUUCUCGUCCAGAAGCUCCGUGCCCGUGGCACCUACUGCGACAACGGCAUCGGCUGUGACGACUUUGACUGCUACUAUUCGCAUCACUGUCGCUACGGUCGCGACUGUGGCAUGGGCCACAAGUGCAAGUUCAACGACACCCACCACAUGGACCUGCGCAAGGUGGCGAAGAUCUACUCGGACGGGACCAAGGACCUACUAUCCUAA